CCCUGUACAACAACAACAACAAAUACAACAACAACAGACGUUUCUGAAAAUAAACAUAGAUGUCAACAUGGAAGAGACUGGUAUCAAACUGUUAGUGCUGGAACAGUCAGAAGUGAAUGACAAGCUGGUAAUACUCUGUUAAAUUAAAGGUGUAAUUUAUUGCUAAAUAAGACUUGACACCAGAGUCAAGGUCUGUGAAAAAGGGGGACUGCAGCAAUCAUUUAAUCAAGGUAGAGAGAUCACCAUGUUGAAGUCUGUGACAUAUGAAGUGCUGUUUAAUGUUCAGGGAGAUACAGAUGCUGGAGAGGUGAUCUGUGUGACGGGAGAAUGUGAUGAACUGGGCAACUGGGACCCUGAUAAAGCUUUAAAGCUGAAAAAACAAGGAGAUACAAAUGUGUGGUCAAAGCAGUUGAGGCUGAGAUGGCUGAGGCAAUCAUUAAAGUACAGGUACUUUAUCGCUCACCUGUUUCAAUCUGAAGAUCAUGAGGAGAAAGCCACCUUCGUUACAUUGUGGGAAACUAGCAUUAAACCCAGAGAAAUCUCUAUACAAGAUUUUCAGAAAGAGAAUGGUACAAACAGUGCAGACGUUUUUGGGUUGAAUGGUGAGAAAUAUUUCUUAAAUCAAAUCAUGUAG